CACAUCACUAAUUUGUGUAAAUUAAUACAACAAUAAAAUUAACAUACAAUUUAUUUCAAGAUAAAUUUCUAUAAAAACUAUGGAUUGGUACAUUGGGGAAGAAUGGAACGAUAUGGGGAGAGGCCUGCACAAGAAGGUAUUGAGCCUACAGUUCCAGAAUCUUGAGAAACCACUAGCGAAUAGUACAGUGGUGUUCCACAUAAACAAACCGGUCGAGCACUUGGGUGAGAGGCCAAGUAAAUACUUGGGAAGGAAUGAGAUACAGCAGCACACAAUGGAUAUGGGGACUGCUCUGACUCCCAUUGACUGCUAUUUGGAGUUACUGUUGCAGCAGUUUUUACCUGGUGAAACCUCCGCAUGCAGCAUUCAGACAAAAGCCGGCGAACGCAUUAAUUUUGAACUUAAAUUAGAGCGCAUCAUUAGCAACACACAGGUGGAAAAGUUGAACGCAGCGGAGAUUUACAGUUUGGCAUUGCGCUAUAAGGAGAAUGGUGUUUCCAUGUUCAAGAUGUAUCCAAAGUUUGCCUUUGACUAUUUUUCACGUUCAGCCAAACUGCUGAUUUCAUAUAAACCCUUUGAUAAAUUGGAUAAAAUUGAGAAUGGCAUCGAUGGCAGCGAACUGGAGACAUUAUUUGUUCAAAUCCAAACAAAUUUAGCCGCUUGUUUGCUGCAGGAGAAGCGCUACGAACAUGUCAUCUAUCACACCGAAUUCGUAAAAACAUUGAGUAAUCCCAGCGAGAAGAGUAUCUACCGACGCGCCAUGGCAUUUUAUUACCUAAAGGAGUUUGAGAAGGCUCAGCAAACGAUUGAACGUGUGCCCAACUAUGAAGAGAAACGGGAAUUUGCCAAACUGCGGGAGAAUAUCGCUGCCAGCUGGAAGAAUAGCAAUGCCAACUACAAACAGGUUGUGCAGCGCAUGUUCAGCUAGACAAUAAACACCUUAUAAUACAAUACAAACGAAACGGAUUAAUAUUAAACUCCUAAGCAUUUAAUAAAAAUAUUAUUUACAAGGCUA